AAUUCGCCCAUCCUUCUUUGAAUGCCCGCAACCAUUAUGUGACUUCACAUCUAGAAGGGGAAUCCUGGGUUCGCCGUACCUGGUCACUCAACGGUCUAUUAAAGACAUCGCUUUGAUGAUACAAGGUCUAGUGGACGAACGAGACGGGACGAAGACUUUCUGGAAUCCUGUGCUGGAGUUCAAUAUGAAAGAACAACCCAUCGCGACGCUCGCCAAGGGGAUCCGGUUAGCAUACAACCCUUCCGAAGUAUACACAGAGCGCUCCCGACACCUCUUGGCCCAUAUUGCGCUCAUAAGCGGUGUGCCGACCCUCUUCGAAGAAGAUCCGACCCCACUGGCCGCAGAGCAAGCCACAAAGCUCGUGGAGGUGCUGAAGUCGGUCCAACAGGAGCUUCCAGAUGAGCCUUUGGUCACCCUGUCGGUUCUUCGAGCACAGGAGAGAGGUGGCUAUCAAUUCGCCGGGUUUCGCGACUUUGCAAAGACAUCCCUCGACAAAUACCACCUAGAAUACGCCUUUCGCCAUUGCGAUAAGUGUCGUUAUCAUGCCAGUCAUAACUGUGUGUUCAUUUGGGAAGGUCCGCGGCUUAUUGGCUUAUUUUGCGAGGACUGCCUCUCCCCCGGCAAUCCAAACGAUGACACGCUAAGAUGGAGAAGAGAAGGCAACGUGUGGACUCCUAAAGAAUAAUCCUUCGGCCGUCGCCGUUACUCGCUCCUCUGGAUACGCCUUUAAACGUUUAGUAUGUCGGCUCGACGGCGAAAAGGGAAGCAUAUUUGUCGAGAGAUAGGUAACCAGACUUCGAAUUUACUUUCCAACGCCAAAACGAUUUCCCCAAAAUAGUACCCUACUUCAGAGAUCAAAUAGCCAGUGCUUACGGCACAGUACCUCACACGCUCUCGCUCAUCCUAGAUUCACAACCACCAUCAUCUUCUUAUAUCCCUUCUUCCUGUCUUCGAACGAACUCUCCAAACCGUAUGCUCCGUCGCCGGUUUCGAUCCUUGUCCGCUUCCAGUGAUGCCGGAAUCCGAUCUUUGUCGAUAAUAUAACUCUCCGGAGUCCAGCAAGCUUUCCACUGGAUCAGGUAUAGGACCCUGGCCGGCACGGUGAUAGUGUUGGUACUAUCCUUCUCAGAGCCGGCAGCAAUCCGCUUGAUAGGAGUGCACAUACAACACUACGGAACAUUGAGACUACACCGGUUACUACGAGCAGAGCGAGAAGCCUGUCCGUCGACCAAUGGCAGAAAUGAUUCACGGACAGGACUACAGGCAUCUAAGACAGUGGGAUGCCGUGGUUGCGCGAACUUUAAAGAACGGACUUCGGGCAAAGGUCAACAUUUAUUGGCGGCAGAAUGGUUGCCAAAAACGUGGAAGCGAGUUGGCCGCACAGCGGUUUGGAUGGUGGCUGAGUUAAAAGCGAGAAAAGUAAGGGGCGGCAUCGAUUCUGCA